AUGCCCAAGGCAAAUUUAAUUAUGCCUGUUUAUAACUCUGAUUUGUAUGUGCUUCAGUACAAGGAGAGGUUGCUAAGCAUGUCUAAGAAGGUCUCCUUCCGCGGGAGGAUCGGCCAUGUGCAGGAGAGCAACGGAAGUGUGUACAUUCUCAUGCAUGACAACUAUGUUCGAAACUACAAUAUGGAAAAGGGGAUUGUAUACAAAAAUCGCAUUCAUCCUGGAAACGCAGGACGUGUCAUCCCCAUGGAAAUAAAAUUCUUUGACACAAAAAAUGAGGAGAAGAACGGGUUAUUACCAUCCCAGCAGAGUAGCGACAACCUUUAUGGCAUAUCCUUCAGGAGGAGCAGGAAGAUAAACAUCUACGAUACAAGAAGUUUUGAUGUCGUGAAGAAUUUCGAAAUGGAUUAUAGAUGUAUUGGUAUGAAUUUCCACAAAAAAACAAACAGCUUAUUUGCCAUUGACAGUAAAGGCAAUCUGUACAACUGGUGUUUGAAUACAAAUAAAUUAAUUAACAGAGUGGUAGAUAAUUAUUCCGUUUUUCCAUCAUGCUUUAGUAUGCAUGGUGAUUAUAUAGUUGCUGGUUCAUUUAGUGGCUUUCUGAAUUUAUUUCAUGUGGAUAAUUUGACGGAGCCAAUCAAGAGUUUUAAAAAUUUGACUCUCCCAGUUUGCAAUGCUAUUUUUAACCCCGCCCACAAUUGCCUUUUAUAUUAUACCAAGUUGGCAAAGAAUGGCAUUAAGCUGAUCGAUUUACAUACAAAUUAUGUGUACUGUAACGUCCCUUGGUUCAAUAGCAAUGUGAGACACAAUGUGCUUGCUGCCGAUUUUUUCAACGGUGGCGAUAAUUUGUGUUUCUCCGUUAAGGCGAAUUCGUUUUACGUGUAUGACCUUUUUGGGGGGGGGUCUGUGGCCUCAGGGGGGGGGUAG